AUGGAGACACGGAAGACAAAGAUAGCACAUGAACCCCGCGCCACUUUCGGAAAUAUAAGAGACAGUUUGCGCCUCAUUUACCAGGCACAGAACCCAUACACCUUCUUCCGCGCAUUCUCUAUUGGCUUAUUUCAAUUUUUGUUAACUGGAGCCGUCGCCGAACUAUUAGAACGGGUUGUCUUUUCGGAAGCUGAUAUUCUGCGACCACUCGCCUACGCCAUUUCUUCCGCACUUCUGUGCGAGCUUCAUCUCGUCUUCACAUGCGCUAUCGUCUCGGCCGAGCCAGUUCCAUUCCGGUCUUUACUCAGAGAGCCUGGUCAGAACCGGUGGAAGCAUUUGGCCAUUCCCGCUUUUUGGUACGGCUUCUCAUUAUCGUGGAUGGAAAUAUUCUACGAUAUCGCGGCAGUAGCAGUAGCAGACCACCUCACUCCCUUGGAGAAGAAGAACGACAUAGGAACUUGGGCCGCAGCAGCAGUGUUAAUAGUGAUUAUCAUGCUUGCAUUUUACUUGCUGGUAGUCCUACCGACAUACAUUAAUCUCAUGCUGGCAGAGGUUAGAUUCUUGCCCGCUAAUACUCAAAUAAUAGGAAUUUCAUCUUCCAAGGGUCGUUUGAGACUUUGGGAACUUGUUGGGGAUCAGAAACAAUUAGCUCCUCUUGGGACAUCCAGCAAUCCUCUUAAGCCGAGUAGGAUGGAUAUUUCACGCCAGCUCAUCAUGCUUCACCUGAAGAAGUGUUUCGUAUAUCUGGUUCCUGAACUUGCCUUUUAUCUCACUGUAUAUGUGGCAUUACUCAUGGGCCUAUUUGAUUAG